CCGGAAGUUGCGUUCUGCUACUUCCUGAAGGAAAAGCGCUGUGGAUCAGUCUAAGUUGAAAGCUAGCCAUGUCAAGUGUUCAGGAGGCUUCCACAGAAACCACAGAAGUCAAAGAACAGAAGGAGUUUGAAGGAGAUGCAGAUGAACAGUUCGGGGAGAGUUUUGGCGCCGACCCGACCCGCUACACCUUUUAUAGGGACCGGAAGGAGUGGGCCGAUCUGGAGCCCGUUCCACAGGAUGAUGGACCAAACCCUGUGGUGAAGAUAGCUUACUCUGAUAAGUUUGCAGAUGUUUAUGACUAUUUCCGUGCACUCCUAAAGAAGGAUGAAAAAAGCGAGAGGGCUUUGGCUCUGACGGCGGACGCCAUCGAGCUCAAUGCAGCCAAUUACACAGUCUGGCACUACAGACGGGUACUGCUGCAGGCUCUGUCGAAGGACCUGAGGGAAGAAAUGAAGUACAUUACCAACAUUAUCGAGGAGCAACCAAAGAACUACCAAGUCUGGCAUCACAGACGUAUGGUGGUGGAGUGGUUGAAUGACCCCUCAGAGGAACUCGAGUUCAUUGCAGACAUCCUCAGCCAAGAUGCCAAGAACUACCAUGCAUGGCAGCAUAGACAGUGGGUCAUCCAGGAGUACAAACUGUGGGACAAGGAGCUGGAGUUUGUGGAGACUCUCUUAGAGGAGGACGUGCGGAAUAACUCUGCAUGGAACCAGAGGCAUUUUGUUAUUUCUCACACUACAGGCUUCUCUGAUCCGGCUGUUGUGCAGAGAGAGAUUCAGUACUGUCUGAACCAGAUCAGGAAGGCUCCUCACAACGAGAGCGCGUGGAAUUAUUUGAAAGGGAUGCUGCAAGAUAGAGGCCUCUCAUCUCAGCCGGGUCUGCUGGAAAAGGUCCUGGAGCUGAAGGAGACCCACUGCUCCCCGUAUCUCCUCGCCUUCCUGUUCGACUGUUAUGAAGACGCUUUAGAGUUCAGCAGCCAAAAGGAAAAUACGGAACAGGAACAAAAAGAGACGUUAAAGAAGGCGUUAGAGAUCUGUGAGCUUCUCGCCCAGGAGAAGGACACCAUCCGUAAGGAGUACUGGCAGUUUUUGGGACGUUCAGUGAAGAACAAAUACGGAGGAGACGGUCCUUCUGUGGCAGAAGAGGCCAAGCCGUCAGUUCCAGCGUCAGAGACCAGCUAGACCUCCAGGGGGACCCCCCCCCCCAUUUCACUCCCCUCCAUCAACAUUAACCAUCCCCUGGAGUUUGAUACCAGUUUAUAAGUGUUAAAUAAUAACCACAUUACAUCACAGAAAAAGGACUCUGUAUAAAUCCAUAACUCUGUACUUGUCUAUUUCAUCUUAAAGUUAAAUAAUUACAGUUAUUUUGUUUUUUUUAUAUGUUAAAACACCUUAUGUGAGGAAAGGAUAUCUGCUUUUGAUUUGGAGCCCUACAGGGUCAGAAAUGGCAGCCUUGGAAGUUUGAUAACGGGAUUAGUCUAGACGAGCUUCACUAUGACGACGCCGGCUGGUGGGAUUAUUCCUGUAUGUUUAGUAUACUGACAAUUAUUAGCAGAACUGUUGCUUUCAGUGACAAUAAAGCAGCUGAGAGAUAAAACGACAGUUUUACUGUUUUCUAAACGGGGAAUUAGGGAUGUGUAUCGAUGAAUUAGGAAAUCGGUGAAAGGUUAAAGGCUGAGGUGUUAAAGUCCAGGUCGCUCUGAUGUCCCUCCUCCUCUCCAGGUUAUAGUCUGUCCAUUUUACUGGACAAUAAAACAGUGAUGUUGUUAAACCAAUUUCUUGUUUAAUUAUCCUUUUACACCUACCGUCUCUCCAUCUAAUCAACUUUUCACCAAUGUUCUGUAAUCAGCCUGCUCCUUUAAUUUUCCAGCAGUCAUCUUCCCAUUGAUUAGGUCAUGAAAACCAUAUAUUUGCUCUAAAAAACAUGUAUCUCAUUUUGAACAUGUGUAAAAGGUUUUAUUGAACAGGUUAUCUUUUAAAUUAAACUGUAAACGAUUUGGCGGCACUUGAACACAUCAAGCAGCCCAUCCCGCUGACUUUAAAUUUGUACGUUUCCUGUUCUUUGUACAGUCUUUGUUGUUUUUGUCCCUCUGCACUGUGCUAUCAGGAGAACAAGGGGACCAGAACCCCCCGUGUGCGCAGCGUCUUGGACUCCCUCAGAGCUUGGAAAUUGAUUUUACUCCACUAGAUGCAGCUGUUCCCUCUUCUCUGCUUUCAUUUUCUGCAUCUCAGCAGUGUGUAAUUAUGUCUUCUGUACGGCUGCUCGCCUUUUUCCCCCCUCUUGGUGUGGAGGAUGGUGUUAUUGGAGAUUCCACGUCAUCUGUAGUAAUGGCAGGACAGAGCAUGAAAACCACCUGAUGGUUGAACUACAGGAUGAAAAGUCGAGUCCAAAUUACUUUUCUCCUCUAUUUCAUUUAAACAGCAGAGCUUAACUUUUUAAAGUUUGGUUUUUCCAGCAGCAGCAGACGCUAAGAGCAGACAAUGAGGCUCCGUAAAGGUUUGAGGUGUGAAUAUUGGCUCUAGCUCCACUUUCAGUUUAAUAAGGCACACUCCUGCAAGCAUUGUUCUGUGGAAAGGGCCCCCUAGUGGUAAAACAGAGAAAAGCACCUUCAGAUGAUGAUUUAAUUAGUGGUCCUCUAAAC